AUGGCGGAGAUUCUGAGGCGGGUGCUAAGUGGGAGCGGCGCGGCCGGACCCGGGGAGGAGAACACGGCUGAGGCCGGACCGCCGUUGCUGCUGCUCGGCGCUCCGGGUUCUGGAAAAACAACGCUGCUAUUCGCGGCAGCCCUGGAGGUGGCGGGGGAGGGCCGAGGCCCCGUACUCUUCCUGACCCGGAGGCCUCUUCAAAGCCUGCCCCGCCGAACUGAAGCAGGGCUCGACCCUCUGCGUCUCCAGAAGAUCCGCUUCCAGUACCCACCCUCAACCCGAGAGCUUCUCCGGCUCCUAUGCUCUGCCCAUGAGUCCCCCGGGCCAACCCCCUCCCUUCUACUACUUGACGGCCUGGAGGAAUACCUAGCGGAAGAACCGGGCCCCCAGGAAGCCGCCUACCUGGCUGCUCUGCUUCUGGACACAGCCGCUCACUUCAGCCACCGAGUUGGGCCCGGCCGGGACUGUGGACUGGUGGUGGCCCUCCAGACCCAGGAGGAGGCAGACAGUGGGGAUGCUCUGCAGCUGGCACUGCUCCAGCGGUAUUUCCCUGCCCAGUGCUGGCUGCAGCCGGAUACACCAGGCACAAGAGAGCGCUGCCUUCGAGUCUGCCUGGAGCCAGGUGGGCUGGGCCCCAGGGCAGAGUGGCGUGUGACUUUCCGACCAGAUGGAGAGAUGAUGAUCACCCCGUGGCCCACCCAGACUGGUGACCCCAGCUCAGAAAAAGGUUCAAGCUCUGGAGGCCAGCCCUGAAUUUUGGUGUGUGACAACUUCUCUGUGCCUUAGUUUCCCAUGUCUGUAAUACCUACCUCAGGGACAUGUACAGAUUCAAAGACCUAAAGAAUGUAAAGUACAUUUUCUCUUUUAAAAAAAUAGCAUUAUCAGGGCUGGCUGGUUAACUCAGUUGGUUAGAGCAUGGUG